GCCCCGCCUCGGCCCCUCUGGCAGGCUCCGGCCCGAGUCGCUGCGGCUCUGGCAGCCGAGCGGGAGCGCGGAGCUCGGAAGGAUGCGGCGCCCGCGGCGGCCUGGGGGUCCCGGGGGAUCUGGGGGUCUCCGGGUGCUCCUCUGCCUGAUGCUGCUGGGCAGCCGUCCGGGAGGCUGCAACGCCAUUAGCGCCCACGGCUGUCUGUUUGACCGCAGACUCUGCUCUCACCUCGAAGUCUGUAUUCAGGAUGGCUUGUUUGGACAAUGCCAGGUGGGAGUGGGGCAAGCCCGGCCCCUUUUGCAAGUCACCUCCCCAGUUCUUCAACGCUUACAAGGUGUCCUCCGACAGCUCAUGUCCCAAGGACUGUCCUGGCACGAUGACCUCACCCAGUAUGUGAUCUCCCAGGAAAUGGAGCGCAUCCCCAGGCUUCACCCCGCAGAGCCCCAUCCAAGGGACAGAUCUGGCUUGGCGCCCAGGAGACCGGGUCCCGCUGGGGAGCUGCUUUUACAGGGCAUCCCCACUGGCUCCGCCCCUGCCCCCCAGCAUCGGCUUCCUCGACCUCCAGUAGGUAGGGGCGGAGCUGGGGCAGGCUCCCCCCUCUCCCCUUUGCAGGCUGAGCUGCUGCCCCCUCUCCUGGAGCAUCUGCUGCUGCCCCCGCAGCCCCCCCACCCUGCCCUGAGUUAUGAACCUGCCCUGCUGCAGCCCUACUUGUUCCAUCAGUUUGGCUCCCGCGAUGGCCCCCGGAGCUCAGAGAGCUCCCCGGGAAUGGUCAGUGUUGGCCCCCUGCCCAAGGCUGAACCCCCAGCCCUCUUCAGCAGAACUGCCUCCAAGGGCACGUUCGGGGCUCACCCUGGCCAUUCCUAUGGGGACCCUCCAGGGCCUCCGCCUGCUCGGCUUUUCCAGGAGUCAGGGCUGCUCUACCUGGCCCAGGAGCCACAAGUGCCCAGCAGGGCCGGGGCACCAAGGCUGCCAGAGCAAGGGGGCAGCAGCCAGGGAGAUGAUUCCUCAGAAGGCUAUGAGGAGGAAGGACUAGAGGGUCGCAGGGAGAAGCCUCCUUCCCCAGAAGAGCGGCCAGCAGAUGUGACUCUGCAGAGACUGGCAGCUGUGCUGGCGGGCUAUGGGGUGGAGCUCCGUCAGCUGACUCCUGAGCAGCUCUCCACCCUCUCCACUCUGCUGCAGCUGCUGCCCAAGGGUGCAGGACGAAAUCUGGGAGGGGUUGUAAACAUUGGAGCUGACAUCAAGAAAACAAUGCAGGAGCAGGUGCAGGGCGCAGACGCAGCAGAGCCUCCACCGCCCACGCCCUCCCUGCCCGGAUACCCCACUGCUGGUCUCACCUCCAGUAAAGCCCAGCAGGAGCUGAGCUCUGGAUCCUCUGAGCCUCCCAAAGCUGCUGGCCCCCCUGCCACGCCCAUCCUGCUAGAGAAGAAAAGUCCACUGGGCCAGAGCCAGCCCACGGUGGCAGGGCAGCCCUCUGCUAGGCCAUCAGCAGAGGAAUAUGGCUACAUUGUCACUGACCAGAAGCCCCUGAGUCUGGCUGCAGGAGUGAAGCUUCUGGAGAUCCUGGCUGAGCAUGUGCACAUGUCCUCGGGCAGCUUCAUCAACAUCAGUGUCGUGGGACCAGCCCUUACCUUCCGCAUCCAGCACAAUGAACAGAACCUGUCUUUGGCCGAUGUGACCAAGCAAGCUGGGAUGGUGAAGUCUGAACUGGAAGCACAGACAGGGCUCCAGAUCUUGCAGACAGGCGUGGGACAGAGGGAGGAGGCAGCCGCCGUCCUUCCCCGACCGGCCCACAGCACCUCUCCCGUGCGCUCCGUGCUGCUUACUCUGGUGGCCCUGGCGGGUGUGGCCGGGUUGCUCGUGGCUCUGGCAGUGGCCCUGUGUGCACGGCAGCGUGCGCGGCAGCGGGACAAGGAGCGCCUGGCCGCGCUGGGACCCGAGGGCGCCCACGGUGACACUACCUUUGAGUACCAGGACCUGUGCCGCCAGCACAUGGCCACGAAGUCCCUGUUCAACCGGGCAGAGGGUCCACCAGAGCCCUCUCGGGUGAGCAGCGUGUCCUCGCAGUUUAGUGAUGCGGCCCAGGCCAGCCCCAGCUCCCACAGCAGCACACCAUCCUGGUGCGAGGAGCCCGCCCAGGCCAACAUGGACAUCUCCACGGGACACAUGAUUCUGGCGUACAUGGAGGACCACCUGCGGAACCGGGACCGCUUGGCCAAGGAGUGGCAGGCCCUGUGUGCCUACCAGGCGGAGCCCAACACCUGUGCCACCGCCCAGGGGGAGGGCAACAUCAAAAAGAACCGCAACCCUGACUUCCUGCCCUAUGACCACGCUCGCAUCAAGCUGAAGGUGGAGAGCAGCCCUUCUCGGAGCGAUUACAUCAACGCCAGCCCCAUUAUUGAGCACGACCCUCGGAUGCCAGCCUACAUAGCCACACAGGGCCCACUGUCACAUACCAUCUCAGACUUCUGGCAGAUGGUGUGGGAGAGUGGCUGCACCGUCAUUGUCAUGCUGACCCCGCUGGUGGAGGAUGGUGUCAAGCAGUGUGACCGCUACUGGCCAGAUGAGGGCUCCUCCCUCUACCAUGUAUAUGAGGUGAACCUGGUGUCGGAGCACAUCUGGUGCGAGGACUUCCUAGUGCGGAGCUUCUACCUGAAGAACGUGCAGACCCAGGAGACACGCACGCUCACGCAGUUCCACUUCCUCAGCUGGCCGGCAGAGGGCACCCCGGCCUCCACCCGGCCCCUGCUGGACUUCCGCAGGAAGGUGAACAAGUGCUACCGGGGCCGCUCCUGCCCCAUCAUUGUGCACUGCAGUGACGGUGCAGGAAGGACUGGCACCUACAUCCUCAUCGACAUGGUACUGAACCGCAUGGCAAAAGGAGUGAAGGAGAUUGACAUCGCUGCCACCCUGGAGCAUGUCCGUGACCAGCGGCCUGGCCUCGUCCGCUCCAAGGACCAGUUUGAAUUUGCCCUGACAGCUGUGGCGGAGGAGGUGAAUGCCAUCCUUAAGGCCCUGCCCCAGUGAGACCCUUGGGGCCCCUCCGUGGGCAGCCCAGCCUCUGCUCCCUCUUUGCCUAUGUGAGCAUCUAUCUGUGUACUCACUCCUCACUUUCCCACCUGCCACCUUGGCCCCUCUUGGGCAUGACUGGCCCUUCCAAGAGGAGCGUGUAAGGAAGGGGAAGUGGGAAGGGGCACACCGGGAGCCCUGGCAUCAGUCCCAUGGGGGAGCUGGCAGCCAGCCAGGAGGAGAGGAAAGUCAACAAUUCCACCCAGAGCCUCCUCCUGCCUGAGUUCCCUGGUCCCCAUUUCCCACCACUCUGGAUGCUCCCAAUAUGUCUGUGUGGACGCCCUCCACCCUCCAGCGUGGCUAGAAUGGGGCAGAGGGGCCACCAUGUCCAGCUCUUCCUGCUCCCCCAGCCCCUGCUGCCCGCUGACCUGCCUCCACGACCCACACUCUGGCCCUUGCCCUUCCUAACCCCUCCCCCGGCCCUCCCGCCGCCACAUGCCACUCAACUCUCUCCCCCUGGCACAAGAGAACAUUUCUAGAAAAAUCUACUUUUGUAUCAAUGUGAAUAAAGUUAGUGUGUCGUGUGUGCAGCUGCAA